UUACCUAACAGGAAAUGAAAGAGGUCUCGAACCCCGGAUAAAUCUCCAGGGAUAUAUACUAGGAAACCCUCUAACAUCAAGAGAAGAAGAUAAUGAUCGGAUCCCUUAUGUUCAUGGAAUGGGACUUAUCUCUGAUGAACUCUAUUGGUCCUUGAAGAAAACUUGUAAAGGGAACAUUAUAAAUGUGGAUUCCACAAAUAAAUUGUGUGUAAAUGACAUGGAAUACUAUCAUGAGCUCCUUGAAGACGUUGAAUUGUACAACAUUUUGGAGAUAUAUUGUGUUCAUCUUCAUGAUCCUGUCAAAGGAACAAGAUGGAGCCCCAAAAGAUCUCUAUCUGAGAAGAUAAAGGCUUAUCCGGUGCCGGAUAUUCGCUGUCCGAUUUAUGAUUACUUCCUUUGUACGGAAUGGAUGAACAAUCCAGCUGUCCGCAGCGCAUUGCAUAUUCGAGAGGGAACUAUAGAGAAAUGGAAAGUAUGUUAUAGCGACAAUUAUGUACAUGACAUCCGUAGCAGCGUUCCGUUUCAUGCAAAUCUCAGUGUAAAAGGCUACCCUUCCUUGAUAUACAGUGGAGAUCACGACGCUGUGAUUCCUUUCUCGUCGACUCAACGAUGGAUAAGGUCUCUAAAUUACUCGAUCGUAGAUGAUUGGAGGCCGUGGUAUUUAAAUGACCAAGUUGCGGGAUACACGAGGACUUACUCGAAUCAAAUGACAUUUGCAACUAUAAGAGGUGCAGGACAUACAUCUCAGGAGACUAAGCCAGACGAAGGUUUUGCCAUGUUCGCUAGGUGGAUAUCUAAUAAGCCUCUUUAACUGAGCAACAAAGACGGCAUAUAUUUUUUUUAAUAUUGGGUUUUCAUUGGUGUUUCUUACCAAAAUGAGCCCACAUGCGUGUUUAAUGCUUGACAGAAAAAAAACGUCGACGCCAUUAGUCACAAAACCAUGGUGAUGUGCAGCGGAGGCCUAAUACAAAUGGUAUAUUUAUAUGUCUCUUGCAAGAUAUAUCCGGGUUCAAGUCUCGAGUCUUACUA